GCGAUGGCGCUGCGCGACUGGCUCCUCGGGGCGCUGCCUUCCGCGGAUCCCGGGGCUUGGAUCGUGCUGCUUGGGGUGCUGCUGCUUUCGUGGCUGGCGCUGCGCCCUCUGCGGCUCUUGCGCGCCCCGGACGAGGUGGGCUACGCGGGCGAAGCCGGGUGCAGCCGCGCAGAGGCGGCCCGGCGAGCGCGCAGGAGCCGGCGGCUCGGGCAGCUGCCGCCCGUCUACCCCAACGGCUGGUUCCGCCUGCUGGAUUCGUCGCAGCUGGGUCGCGGGGAGGUGCGCAACGUGGCUGCGCUGGGGGAGCAGUUUGCCGUCUUCCGAAACUCGGAUGGGAAAGCUUGUGUGGUGGAUGCCUAUUGCCCUCACCUGGGUGCCAACCUCGGUGUUGGAGGCCAGGUGGUGGGCAGCUGCAUUGAGUGCCCGUUCCACGGCUGGCAGUUCGAUGGAGAGAGCGGCAAGUGUGUCAGGAUCCCAUACGCUGAGAAAGUGCCCGAAUUCGCCAAGAUCAAGGUGUGGCCGUCGUGCGAGGUCAGCGAUAUGGUCCUGGUCUGGUACCACUGUGACGGUAUCGAUCCGACGUGGCGAGUCCCUGACCGCGAAGAGUUCCUGCCGCGCCCGUGCCCCUUCCGUGGCCUCACUGAGCACUUUGUCAACGUACACAUUGAGGAUAUCCCAGAGAACGGAGCAGACACGGCCCACCUCUCCUUCCUCCACCGCCACGCUUUCUUGAGUGGAGGCGACCUGCGCUACAUGGACUCCCCUUUCUGGACUUUCUUCCGGCACCACUGGCAGGCAGAUUGGCGCCCUGAACCGGAGCCCAAUGCGCACUGUUCCCGUUUGCAGCUGAAGCACAACAUCACUCUCUUCGGAAAGCACUUCAGCUUCAUGGACCUGAGCGUUUCAGCCUGGCAGGUGGGGCCCAGUUUGGUCUUCCUUGUCAUGCAGUUUCCCCUCCUGGGCCAAGGAAUCAUCGUGCAAAGCGUCACCCCCGUGGAGCCUCUCAUGCAGCAGGUGAUCCACCGAAUAUACUUCCAGAAGAACGUUCCUGCCAUUAUCCCCAAGAUAUUGCUCCGCGCAGAAUGCAGCCAGUUUGAGCGCGACGUCAUGAUAUGGAACCACAAGCAAUACCUGUCCAAACCACUUCUGGUGAAGGAAGACGGGGCGAUUCAGAGGCACCGUCGUUGGUUCUCCCAGUUUUACAGCGAGAAGAGCCCAAAGAUUACCAGCCAAAAGGAGAGUCUGGACUGGUGACCAACAGAAGCGCCUUUUCCCCUCUCGCUCCCCCCCCCUCUGGCCGAGGGGAUCCAGGAAGUCAACACCUGCAAGCCGUACUUGGGUGACCAUGUUCAGGGAAAUCUUUAGUGUGUGAUGUUGUGUUUUUACUAUUUUUUUAUGGCAGCUGCCCAGAGUGGCUGGGGCAGCCAAGGCAGAUGGGCGGCAUAUAAACAAUAAAUUAUUAUUACUUAUUCUUAUUAUUACUAUGCCCUGGGGACUGUCGCUCUUUGGCCGAGCAAGCCUUGAAGAAAUGCGGAUCCUGAUCUCCUCUGAAAAGAUGGACUGCAACCACUUGUUGCCCUUGAAAAUGUGGGCUUGUUUUGGCCCGCAAGACUUUGGAUGGUAUGUGAUAUUGCAGAUAUUAAUAUUGCGCAGUUUGAACUGACUGGACGCAUAAAAACUGAGUCCUUUGGGAAUGAAGUAUUGUCCUGACCCAAACUUUGACUUACGGAACUUUCUUUAAAAACAUAACAAAAGCAUUAAUGAAACAUCCAAAAUGUCCGUACAAUAUCUUGUGCUGUCCAGCAUGGCCUCAGCAUCUUACAAAUAAAAUCCACUUAUAAUCAGAGCGGGCAAACAUAGCUCUCGCUCACACACAGGCUUCAUUGCCAGCAUUCUGGCAUUUCAGGCCUCAAGGCUGUGCUCCUGAAAAGCCAUUUACAUAAAAUCAUAGCAUUAUAGAGUUGGAAGGGAUGCCAAGAGUCAUCUAGCCCAACCCCUGCAAUGCAGCAAUCUCAACUUAAAGCAUCCAUGACAGGUGGCCAUCCAACCUCUGCUUAAAAACCUCCAAUGAUUGGAAGUCCUUACUCCAUGGAGUUUGACAACAGAGAAAGAACCACCACCUUCCCAAGUUGGCAGAUUUGCAAUACGAUAGCCUUGCAUGUGAUCUAAGGUUAUACACUCACCUCUUACCUUCUUGAGAACAACGGCCAGUUAAUUUAUCAACUGGUCAAAGCUCAGAGACAGCUCUUCUUGCUUUUAACAUAGCCCCUUGGAAAAUCUCCGUGUUAAACCUUUUCACCAAUACACAUGGCACUGGGUAUGUUUAGCCUGGAGAAGAGAAGGUUAAGGGGUGAUAUGAUAGCCAUGUUCAAAUAUAUAAAAGGAGGUCAUAUAGAGGAGGGAGAAAGGUUGUUUUCUGCUGCUCCAGAGAAGCUGACACGGAGCAAUGGACUCAAACUACAAGAAAGAAGAUUCCACCUAAACAUUAGGAAUAACUUCCUGACAGUAAGAGCUGUUUGGCAG